AUGGCAGACGUAUUCAUGCAGAUGAGCACUUGGCGCACAGAAGACUUCCGUGGCGAAUAUGUGCGGGAUUGGAUGCAGGGGCACACGGAUGUGCCCGUCCUCGCAGUGGUGUUCUACCUCGCCCUUGUGCUGUAUGUGCCACAGCAUGUUAUGGCGCACCGCCGGCCACUGAACCUGCGCUUUCUGAACAUAGUGUGGAACCUGCUGCUUACAGUCUUCUCCAUCUGCGGGGCGUACCACUGCGUACCGCGACUGCUGGAGCUGGUCAUCUCCUCGCGUAUCAGUGGGAUGACGGCUGGCCUCAAGCUGGGCCCUAACACCACCGUGCCUGAAUUACAAGGAGGUUUGUAUAACUCCGCUUGUGCUUGGAAUGACAAAAUUUUUUUUGAUGGGACUGUGGGCAUUUGGGUAAGCGCCUUUAUUCUUUCCAAAAUUCCUGAAAUGCUUGACACCGUCUUCCUCGUCUUUCAAAAGAAAUCUGUGAUCUUUCUGCACUGGUACCACCAUGCCACAGUGAUGCUUUUCUGCUGGCACGCGUACGCGUACACCAUUUCCAGCGGGCUGUGGUUUGCAACGAUGAACUACUGCGUGCACGCCAUCAUGUAUUUCUACUACUUUAUCUGUGCAUGUGGACUGCGUAAGAUGAUUCGCCCCAUUGCCCCAUUCAUCACGAUGAUGCAGCUCCUCCAAAUGGUGGUGGGGACGCUCAUUGUGGGAUACACGGCCUACCACUCGUACCUGAGCGGGUACGGCUGCGAGGUGAACCGCACAAGCAUUCGCCUUGGCCUUGUGAUGUACAUCAGCUAUUUUAUCCUCUUUUUACAGCUGUACCACAGAAGCUAUAUCAAGCCCAAGGCGAAUCCAGCGUUGAAGAUGUCGAAUGGAGAGAAAAAAUACAACUAA